AUGGGCUUGAAUAUACCAGAUAAGAAGCAUCAUAUGCACAUGAUUGGAACACUACAAGAAUAUGAGUAUCUGAUGGCAUUAGAUCCCACAGCUUUGAACUUGGAUCAACAAGAAUAUCUAAACGAGAGAAUCAGCGUACUCGAGUUAGAAGCUAGGAUCAGAUCCACUAUCCCGUACGAUGUAAAGCAAAAGAUAUAUCGAUAUUUGCUUGUCGACGCAGAACCGAUUGAUGUUACCAGACUUGAGAACCACGUGGCUCCAGCAUACUAUACCGAUCCGCAUGCCGAGUUUGACUAUUGGAGACUUACACCCUUUGUAUAUGCCACGGACAAUAUACAUGACGCUGUCAUAUCAACGAAUGCGCAUGAAUUUGUUGAAAAUAUCCUUCUCAACCCUACACACAUGGCUCGCCUCUACACUCUGGAUCCACCCAAGCAAAUCACUUACGAAAUACUAAUUCGUUGGGACUUUGUGCCAAUGUUCCUGCCCGAGAUCUCUUUGCCUAACGUGGAGUCACUCUUCGAUUUGCUACACGUCUUGGGUGGUGAUCCAAAUCGCAUCGAACUCAAGUUCCUGUUCAAGGACAUACGAGUAGUAUACGACAGAUCUCCGUCCUCCAAGAAAGAGAUUGCACCAGACAACAAAGGUCGUCUUCGAAUCAUGAAAGCCAAAAUGCUGGAUCUGUUGCAAACAGCAAUGAUGGAAUAUCAUCAUUGUCUCUCAACACCAUCGACCAUCUCACCAUUACAAAAAUGGGGCAAAUACAUGAGACCCCAGGAUGCUAUGGAUCCCGACAAGACAGAUGAUUCCAAGUAUAAGAAAGUGAGGAUAUGGUUGGCAGAUGCGUGUUCGGAACUGCUUGACCGUAUGUGGGACAGUGGGUCAGGACGACGAGCUGGGUUCGUCAAGUGGCAUAUGUUGGAGGCGUUCGGGAUGGAUCAGAGUUAUUAUAAUCAAGAUCCGAAUGUGGUGUUGUAUUGUAACGAACCGGGAAUACCGUUCUUGCCUUUGAACAAGAAGAGGUUCUUCUCGUAG